AUGUGCAUCUACACACCAGGUGCCAAUGUGCAGAAAGGAAAGCAUUUGGAAACUCCACUCCAUGCUGCUGCCCAGCAUUCUAGUACAGAGAUUGUAAACUUACUCCUUGAAUUUGGGGCAGACAUAAAUGCCAAAAAUACAGAUUUUGAGAGGCCUGUUGAUUUAGCUGCUCCAAGCAGUUUAGUGGAGAGACUGCUGCUCCUCCAUGAAGCCACACCAUCUUCUCUUUGUCAGCUCUGCCGACUACGUAUCCGAAAUUACAUAGGAAGAGCUAGACUGCAUCUUGUCCCACAACUCCAGUUGCCAACGAUAUUGAAGAAUUUCUUACAGUAUAGAUAACAUAGUAAUUAACCUGCAGAAACUUGAAUAACAAGUACUUUUUCUUCAUUCUGUUUAUUGUAAGUUUAAUCUAAAGAACUGCUGGGCGGGUAAAAAGCCUUUGCAUAUUACUUAAAAAAAUAUCUAUAACUUUGACACCUGGUGUUGGUAUCUAAUAAUAAAAAUUGGGAGCCAUUCAGCAGCUGGUACCAAGGUGCUAAUAACGCUGAAUAGAGUAAGUGUGCUGAUGCUCUGGGAAAUGAUUGUAUACCUUUAGCUUAACACUUACUAACUAGCUUUAGUGCUGUUAAUUUUAAUCGUAUUUAUACUUUUAAAAUCUGUUUGACACACCUGAACCACAAAGAGGUUUCUUCAUUAUUAUUUGUUAAGUUUGUCCAUUUGGAGUCAUUAUUUUAUGUGUUUUUAAAUUUCUAUUGUUUGUGUACCUAAAAAGACUUGGUAAUAGGCGCACUAUAUACACUGAUAACAAUAAAACAAAUAUAUGUCAAU